CUGCCGAUGGCUGAAGCCCAGCUGUGUGGAUUACAAGAUGAGUUCACCUGCUCGGUGUGUCUGGACACCCUGAAUGACCCCGUCACCAUCCCCUGUGGAGAUAAUUUCUGUCUGAAGUGCCUCACUGACUGGUGGGAUCAGAGCCAAGAGUGCAGCUGUUCUCAGUGCAGAGAGAAGUUCACCACGAGGCCUGCUCUGAGAAGAAAUAAUCUGCUGAAUGAAGUCAUCAAGAAGUUAAAGAAGACGACACUCAUUCCUACUCCAUCUCAGAAUUCUGUCAGCCCUGGAGAUGUUGAAUGUGAUUUCUGUACUGGGAAGAAGUUCAGAGCGGUGAAGUCCUGUCUAACCUGCAUGGCCUCCUACUGUCAGACUCACCUGCAGCCUCACUAUGAAGUACCAGCCCUGAAGCACCACAAGCUGGAUGAUCCUGAUGGAAAUCUGAAGGAGAAACUCUGUGAGAAACAUCAGAAAAGUCUGGAGAUGUUUUGCAGAACUGAUGAUUACUGUAUCUGCCUGAUGUGUGCGGUGACUGGACAUAAAAAUCAUGAAAUGGCUGAGCUGGAGACAGAAAGAGAAGAAAAACAGAAACAGCUGGGGGUGAUGCUGAGUGAAAUCAGGAGGAGACUUGAGAAGAGAGAGAAGAAACUGAAGGAGACGAGGAGGGCAGUGGAGUAGAUGAAGAUUUCAGUGGAAAGAGAGGUAGAGGAAAACGAGAAGAGCUUCACUACUCUGAUACGGCGCAUUGAGGAAGCCCACAGAAAACUGACUGAGAGGAUCAAAGAACAAGAAAAGAGAGAAACGGAGAAGGCUGAAGGAGUCAUUGAGCGACUAGAGAAGGAGAUUGAGGAGCU